AUGGCACACCCAACAGCAGAUGAUUUAGACGAUGGAUUAGAGUAUGACUUACAGCUCUCUGAUUCAGAAGAAGAAACUUUCGUAGUCGAACAACCGGAAGUGGUAAAAGAAGAAAAAGAACAACCAGCCAACAAGAAGAGAAAACAAAACACAAAGUUCAAAGAAACCAAGAAACUCAAGAUGGAAAUGGAUAUUGAAACCAAGAAGAACAUGUCGGUGGAGGAAUCGCCUGAAGUCAUUGCUGAAUACAUAAACUCCAAGAUUCGCCGAAAGAAUCCAAAUUUGUCAGCUUUAGAAUUGGCCGAUUUAUAUUUUGCAAAGUCGGAAAUCAGAUCUAAUGUUGAUUUCAAAGAAACAAGAAACUUGGAUAACUUGUCAGCAUUUAUAACUAACAGAUUCAAGAAUAUGUUACCUACAAAGAAAGGCAAAGAAGACAGCGAACGUAAAUUCAUUGCCAUUGUUUCCAUGUCAGCCAUCAGGGCAUGUGACAUACAUAGAGCAACCAGAGAACUCUCGGGCUCAUCGCUCAAAUUAAUAAACAAGAAUAAGCUUAAUGUCGAUUUGAAGCUUGUUAAAUCUACAAGAUCAAGAGUAUUAUGUUGCACACCAGGAAGAUUGGCCAAAGUUUUGGCCCAUGAAGAUUCCGAACUUCAAGCUUCAGAAGUCAAGAUUAUCAUUGUUGAUAAUUCAUAUUUAGAUUCUAAAAAGCAAAACAUUUGGGACAUACCCGAAACUUUUGAUGUUCUUAAAUCAUUGACUAAACAGGGCUCAAAAAUUUAUUUGUAUUAG